GUUAGAAGGAGACACUAACAAGAAGCUGUGGCUCUCUCCUAACUGGUCAACGCCAUGGUGCUCCCUCAAGUCUUCAUUUCGGCAUUCCUACUCCUUCUCCCAGCUGCUUCAGGAGCGUUCCUGGAAGUCUAUGGAAUGGGAGGUGACCCUGUGACGCUGCCAUGCUCUUAUCCUGAAUCUCGUAUACUCUCAUUCGUGUGCUGGGGCCGAGGCGAAUGCGCUUCUGAUACAUGUGGACAAACAUUGGUCUGGACUGAUGGAAACCGAGUCAACUAUCGGACAAGCAACCGCUACCAGAUAAACUCGCAGCUUCUUCAAGGAAAUGCGUCCUUGACAAUCGAGUAUGCCUAUGAGAGCGACAGCGGUCUCUACUGCUGUCGAGUGGAAAUGAAGGGAUGGGAUGGCGUGCAGACGCUGACCACCUCACUGCAGGUCCAACCAGGAAGCAAUUCAACUAAAGGCCUUGCUAUUGGACUCUCCGUUUUCUUGCUGCUUUUGGCUCUUGUGAGCGCAUUAGUUAUCACAAAUUACAUCCUUAUGAAAAAGAGGCCAGGAUCUCCAAGCUUGGUAGCUUUAUGUGUUUCUAAGAUCAGAACUUUACUAAAUAAAGAGGUUGCGUGACCACGAGUCCAAGACGACGACUACAAUAUUGAAGACAGUCAUCAUAUCAAAGCUUAAGUUUCAGGAGAAGACCUCUACGGCAUAUCACCAGGCUGGACACCCCUUAAGUGCCAAGACUAUUUCCUGUCAGUUCAUCUUGAAUUCCCACUUUGCAGCUGCAGUGGAGAUGAUGGACCUCUAGCUGUCUCUCUUCUCAUACUCACUUUUGACAUGAUGCUGUCUCUCCACACUACAGAUCCUUCUCUCAAACAUGAACACUUUAAUAUUUUGGGUGUUAUUUAGGCCCCAAAAUUAUUUUAUCUGUGAAAGACAAUUAUUGGUAACGUCUAUCCCAGUUACUAAAACCAUCCAGCAAAGAGGAAUAGGACUUUAAAGUAAAACUAAAAUAAAACAAAUGUGGGGAUGGUGGGGUUUAAUUUAGAAGCACUUUAUGAUUGUGUCUUGUUUAUUUAAUUGGUAGAUGCCAUGCAGGAAGAGCUUCUGUGGGCAAGUGAGCUCCCUAGAGAUGGCCACUAUCCUGCUCAGCUCUGAUGGGAGCACUCUGGUGAGGCAUGGACACAAAGACUUUGUCCCAGGAUUGCUUCCUGCUCCUGAUGUGCUUUCUCAGAUUUGUCAUUGCCACACUCCUCCUUGAUGUGGCUUUUUGUGAGUGGUGACCAAGAGACCCUCACUGC